ACCUUUGACAGCACCUUCCCGGUGACAGCGGAUGCUGUCAGUUUCAUCACAUUGAGCGAUCGCAGUUUUGUUUACAAUUUUCAGCAAAAGGCACGUAAUCUCGAGCGCGUUGUGAAAUCAGCUAAAUAAUGACUUCCUCAAUCAUUCUGGCCGGUUUGGGCCUGGCCGUGGUAGGAUACGGUGGUCGAGCUCUGAUGCGCCAAAUGCCGAAUGCUGCGACGAAAAUGCAGGAAGCUCUCAAAAAUCUGCCCAAAUUUGAUGCGGAAAUGAUGGCCAACUCGAAGUACUAUCGUGGAGGGUUUGAGCCGAAAAUGAACAAACGCGAAGCAUCGCUAAUUCUCGGCGUAAGCCCAUCUGCAUCCAAGAUAAAGGUAAAGGAUGCGCACAAGAAAAUUAUGCUGCUGAAUCAUCCUGACCGUGGCGGUUCACCGUACCUGGCUGCAAAGAUCAAUGAGGCAAAGGAUUUUCUCGAUAACGCGAAGUAAAGGUUAUCGUAGCACAGAAACUGUGGUUUAAAAUUGUACAAAGAAACUGGCUUUAUGGUAGCGUAACAAAGGGUAGCAAUAUUAAAGUUAAAGUAAAGUUACUUGUUUAUCGAAACAAAGCACUUGAACCAAAAUUGGAAUGGAGGAAUGGUUUGAAGAAAUGAAUGGUUGGGGGAUGCGGUUCUUCGUAAGAAGUUAAACUUACUGCGAAAAUGUAA